UUCCCCAGAUCACAGAUCCGCCAUCUUUCCUUUGCCGCACGUGAAACCAUCUACUUUUGUGUUAAACAACACCAUAAAAACAUGGCACAAAGCAAAUUAAACGAUUUGGCCGGUAAAUUCGGAAAGGGCGGACCGCCCGGUCUUGGAAUUGGCCUGAAGUUGCUGGCUCUCGGAGGUGCGGCCGUUUACGGAAUCUCCCAAUCCAUGUAUACCGUGGAGGGUGGCCACAGAGCGAUCAUGUUCAACAGGAUCGGCGGCGUGCAAAAGGACAUAUUCACAGAGGGUCUGCACUUCAGGAUCCCCUGGUUCCAAUACCCCAUCAUCUACGACAUCAGAUCAAGACCAAGGAAAAUCUCUUCUCCAACUGGAUCAAAAGAUCUACAAAUGGUCAACAUCACGCUCAGAGUUUUGUCAAGGCCUAACGCGUCCGCCUUGCCUGUAGUUUACAGACAAUUGGGAUUGGAUUAUGAUGAGAAAGUCUUGCCCUCCAUCUGUAAUGAGGUUUUGAAAUCUGUAGUUGCUAAAUUCAAUGCUGCCCAACUGAUCACACAAAGACAACAGGUGUCUCUAUUGGUUCGUCGUGAAUUGGUGGAAAGAGCUCAAGACUUCAACAUUAUCCUCGACGAUGUGUCCAUAACGGAACUGUCGUUUGGUAAGGAAUACACGGCCGCCGUCGAAGCCAAACAGGUUGCUCAACAGGAAGCGCAGAGAGCCGCAUUCGUCGUCGAACGUGCGAAACAGGAGAGACAACAGAAAAUCGUUCAGGCCGAGGGAGAAGCUGAAGCUGCCAAAAUGUUAGGUGAAGCUGUUGGCAAGAAUCCCGGUUACCUGAAGCUGAGGAAGAUCCGUGCCGCACAAAACAUUUCCCGAACCAUUGCAAACUCCCAAAACAAAGUCUACCUCAACGGAAACAGUUUGAUGUUGAACAUUAGCGACAAAGAAUUCGACGAUCAGUCGGAAAAAUUACUGAAAAAUUUUAGUAAUACUUAUGACUCAAAUGAGUAAUGCAAGAAUUUAAGCUUCGUGUUAAAUCGUACGGUGUUUCGUCGUUGGACGCUCGGGACGAGUCCAAAACAGUUUUGGAUGUAGCAAAUUCAGCAGUGAACCGGAUCACGUCGUAGAAACAGGCCGUUUUUUAUAUUUUGUUAGUUGUUAAAUUAUUGAUGGCAUUUAAUUUUAUCCACAAUAAAUUUCUAUUUACAUCUGUA